CCAGGAUGAGCCCCUGAGGGCCACGGGGCACACCCUCUAGCACACGGCCAGACACCCGCCAGCCGCUCCCCGAAGGAGCCCCUCGUGAGGAGUGGAUUCCCUUCACUGCCCGCCUUCUAAUCAGCCCUUUGGAUUUGCACCUCUGCCCGCCCAGCGCCGACCGCCUUCUGCGGGAAGACCCCCGCCUCUCCAGCGGGCUGUGCGAAGGUAGGCGCCGUCUUCCCCCCGCGGCUCCCCCGACAAAACCUCUCGGUCACUGCCCAGAGCUCAACCCGGCUUGAGGCACCGGGAGGGUUCCCAGGGGAUCCCUUGAUGGCAUUCAGAACAUUUCAUUCCCAGGCAAUGAGUCCGUGAGUCCGACGAUGUGGGGGGAACAGGUGCCAGCCUCGUGUUCCGUUGCACGAGAUUUUGGGGGUUCGUGUCAUUUUAAAACCUGAUGGCUUCCAUUGUCACACGGGCUGGGUCCUUGUCACCUCAGCGUCCUCAGUCCCCUCCCCCAUUUACCCGGCCACCCCCUCCUUUUUCGGGAGAGCUUUCCCGCAUAACCUAACCCAGCACCUGCCCCUUGUUCUGUUCUCGGUAAGUACUCUGUUCUUAUCACCUUUGGAAUGAAGUACUUUAUAUUCUUGGUUAACCCAAGCGGUGCGCACUCAGCAGCGAUCCACGAGUGGCGGCGGGCGGCAGAGACAAGGGGUGCGGGGACUGAGUGUGGCCACCAUCUGGCUCCAGCCUCGAGCGGCCCCGUGUUCCCAGAUCAUCCCUGUUUUCAAAGGGAGCCAGAAAUCUCGGCUCUAAAAGCGGAGCCCCUCCCAACAUUUAAAUAGUGGCAAAUACUUACUGCUAGAAACGCCGCGGAGGCCGAACGAAACACGUCAGCGGCCCCCAGUUCAUGGCCUCUGGUUCAAUACCUUCCCCGGUCGCCUCUUGGUGCCACAGGGGCACGUGCUGGGUCUGCCCUGCUCACCGCCGCGUCUGGAUCCGAGAGGCAAGGGACAGAAACAGGUGAGGGCCUCUCCCGGUGGAGCCCCGGGCUCGGAAGGAAUGUUCUGGCAGGGAGCUGGCGUCCCCCGGCUGCCCGUCUUCCCGCUCUUGACCGCCCCUCGGAAAGUUCUCCGCCUCCUUCAGGCCUCACUCCCGGGCAACCGCUGCGAGCCUCCUCAUCGCCUAGCCUGGAGCCGUCACAAUGGCCAGGGCGGCCCCCGCCUCUGUGACAUCACCAACGGCCAGCCCUCGGCACCCAGUCUCCAGGUGCAGGCACACAGACCCGCCAUGAGCUAUUCCCCCGCCGCCUCUGCUCACCAUGCGGACGCUGACAUGGGUCUUGUUCUUGCCUCUGUGCCUCUCCUGCGGCUGUGCCUUCAUGUUCACGUCUCUGAGAGAGAAAGCCAAGGAACCCCAGGGCAAGGUGCCUUGCGGAGGGCACUUCCGGAUCAGGCAGAAUCUCCCAGAGCACGCCCAAGGCUGGCUUGGGAGAAAAUGGCUCUGGCUUUUUUUUGUCCUCGUGCUGUAUGUGAUACUGAAGUUUCGAGGGGAUCGCGAGAAGACUAAGGAGCAGAGUCCUUCCGGGCUUCGAGGCUGCUCGUUUCGCUCUCCGCUGAAGAAGACUCAAAAUACUUCCCCCAGCAAAGACUAUGCGUUCAAUACCUUAACCCAGCUCGAGGUGGACCUUGUGAAAUUUGUGUCCAAGGUGCGCAACCUGAAAGUCGCCAUGGCAGCUGGAGGUAACACCAAGCUUCAGAACCUGGAGGCGCCUGUGGACCCUCACAAUAACAUCACCAUCUAUGAGAUAUGGGGGGAAGAAGACUCUGAAUGAAUGGAUUUAUGUGUCAGAGGAGGAGAGAAAAAGCUGAGUGUUGACAGACCCUAUGUAAACUAAUAAAACUAUUCUGAAGAAAAAGGACAUUCUCCAACGU